GCUCGCGUGUCCGCCUUGCCGGAACCUGGGGCUGCAGCCCCGGGGCGGGGAGUGGGGCGGGGCUGGGAAAGUUGAGUUUUGGUCGCGGAGGGCUGGGCCCCGCGCGGGAGCGCCCGCCGCUGGGGACCGUAAAAGGCUGCAGCGGGCUGGGUAGGUGUGGCUCUGCCUGCGUGACCUGAGUCCCCGUCUCGGUCGCCGUCGUCUCCCGCAGCUGCGGCCUCUCAGUCAUGGGCGCCGUCUGGUCCGCCCUGCUGGUCGGAGGGGGCCUGGCCGGAGCGCUUUUCGUUUGGCUGCUGCGGGACACGGGAAAGGAGGGGGAUGCGGAGCAGGGGAAAGACGCCUCUCCAGGGGAGGCUGCGGCUCCGGGAGGCGAUCAGGGUGGUGGCGGCGGACUGAGCCCUGGACCUUCUAGGCGGGAGCUGGUCACCAAACCAGAGCAUCUUCAAGAAAGCAAUGGAUGUUUGGUUUCUAAGACUAAAGGCCCUGGUGACCUGCAGGAAGCAGCAUGGAGACUGCAGAGUCCUUCUGGAGAAGGCAGUAACCGUGACAAUUCAAGAGCACAUGUUCCUUCUGGACAAUUUCCAGACACACAAUCUCUAGCUACCUCUGAGACUGGUAACUCUAGAAGUGACUCUGACGUUUCAAGAAACGAAAGCCCUGGAUCUCCUGUAGGAGAAUGGGGAUUCCAAACAGGCCAAGAGAAAAGUGCUAAAGCAGCUCCAUGUCUGGCAGAGAAGUUGCCUUCUAGCAACCUGCUCCUGCACAGAGAGAAAGACGAAGUGAGCCUUGCACAGUCAGACAGUCGGGCCCAGGCUGACCACGUGGACUGGGAGAUGGUGUCCCGGCACUCAUCUUGGGGCGAUGUUGGUUUGGGUGGCAGUCUUGAGUCUCCAGUGUUAAGCUCUAAGCAGGGAAAGGACUAUGACAGAAGCAGUCCCGUGGAAGCAAGAGGUCAGGAAGUGGAUGUGAAACCAAAAAGGGCAGGAGCAGUGUCUUCAGAGUCUCAUCAGGUUAGCGUCAGGUUCCAGGUCCAUUAUAUCACAAGCGCUGGUGUGCAAUGCCUUGCAGUAACUGGAGACCAUGAGAGUCUUGGGAGAUGGAACACUUACAUCCCACUCCAGUGUAGCAAGGACGGGCUCUGGUCUCGUUCUGUGCCCCUGCCAGCAGACACAGUGGUGGAAUGGAAGUUUGUGGUAGUAGAGAAUGGGCAAGUUACCCGUUGGGAAGAAUGCAGCAAUAGAUUCUUAGAGACUGGCCACGAGGAUAAAGUGGUUCACAAGUGGUGGGGGAUUCACUGAUUCAAUUUGCAAAGCAUCGAAGAGGCUAUUGCAGAACAUGGAAGAGGCUAAGGUUGUGCAGCACCCUGAAUAAUUUAAAAUAAAGGAAGUGAAACUUCCAGUCUAGCCAUCAGAGUUGUUUCAGAUCUGCUAGUGGCUUUUGUCUAAUGUGUAGAUAAUGCUUCCAUUGAGCAUGGACUUUUUUUCCUGUGGCACUGAUGGAUGGAUUUAUGCUGAUCCAUCAUUACUUUAGGGCUUGGUGGUCUUGAGGAGGGCUUGGCUAAACUUCAGAUGUGCACAGAUGUGCACUGGUCAUGGAGCACAGAAACUAACCAGCUGCAGAGGCUUGAGGCUUGAGCCUUUGGGUGAUUCUUGAACCAGGGGAGUAAAACAUGCCUUAUUCAAAAGGAGAUUUCGUACUGGUACAGCUGGAGAAAUGCUCUCUUUAAUCAUACACACUUUAUAUUUAAAAAUCGUUAACAUCGUAU